AUGAAAUUUGGUCCGAAUACGACACAGAUUUACAUUCCUCUCGACCUCCAGAUUAAUAUACUCUUAAGAUUACCUGUCAAGUCUUUAUUGAGAUUUCGAUGUGUCUCCAAGCUUUGGUGUUCUAUUAUCACCAGCCACGAUUUUCGAAACCGUCACUUUAAUAUCACUUCUUCUUCAGCUCCUCCUCGUCUUCUCAUUGCUUUUCAGGACUUUUACGGAGAAAAGCUUCUGCUAGUUUCGUCGCCUAACCCAAACGUAUCUUCCUCUUCCACUUCUUCAUGUUGUGUACCCUAUAAAGAUCUGAGUAAAGUCGAAAUAAAUGGACGAAAGGUUUAUAAUGCGGUUUGGGGAUUGACUUGCUUUGAAAGUAGAUUAAAGGUUGGGAUUUGUAACCCCAGCACGAGGGAGCUGCAUAUGUUUCCCCAAAUCAAAUUCAAAAAUUAUCCAGACAUUUUUCCAUGCAUCAUGUACUUUCUUGGGUACGAUCGUAUUGAAGAUCAAUACAAAGUGCUCGCCAUUGAUAAUUUACCUUGGAGAUUGGAGUACAAAGUUGUGCCUAUACUACGGGCCUCGAGGAAGGACAAGGGUUCUCCAAAUAUAUCUAUAAUUGUGAGUUUUGAUGUUAGGUCUGAAACGUACAAAAACUCCAAUGUACCAAGCAAACUUCUACCAAUGGACACUUCUGAUAAUUUUUGGACUGCUAAUUGCAAUUGUUUUAUUGGGGAUAAAACUCUGAUCAACUACAACGGUAAAAUUGGUGUGGUUGAGAAACCUCAACAUGGUAGAUUUCGAAUGUGGGUUGUUGAAGAUGCUGAGAAAGAGGAAUGGUCUAUGAACACUUUUUAUUUGCCCCAAUCUGCUUCUGGCCUUGACUUCAAGGUCAUGAAUACCUUUUAUACCGGCGAGAUCUGUCUAGUUACAGAAAAAAUAUCUGAUCCGUUUUGUCUCUUCUAUUACAAUUUGAAGACAAAUAGCAUGAGAAGUGUCACGUAUGAAGGACUACUACAUAUGGCCACGUUUAAGCAAGCGUUGCAAUUCAGUGUAUCAUAUCAUUAUGAGAGCUUGGUGUCCUUAGAAACUUGA